ACGCUUCUGAGAGGCCAAUCCUGAGGUUCUGUAGAUAUUUUUUACAGACCUACUCAUUUGGGGAUGUCAUUGGAAUUUUGCAAGAUCAUUUGAGGAAUAGGAAAGCAUCUGAAAUCAACUGAAAAGGAUAACUGUGGUGGUUUUCACUGUGGAAGAAAACUAUUGGCACGGAGGCAGAUGACUGAAUAAAGUAGUUGGCUCAAAGAAGAUGCACAGUCUGCUAUUUUUUUCCUCUGAAUGAAGACUGUUAAACGGAAGCUGUAUUCAUGUGGAGAUCAAAGAAAACACAGGAAUGAUAAAUGUUUUUUUUUUUCUUUCUCUCUCUUGUUUUAAAAUGAAAACCCUGAAGCAGUAAUUUGAGCUCAAAUGUCUUCUAUUUCCUUCAAACAGCCUGCUUGUUCUAUUAGGAUUCUCCACUAUCACCAUUUCUGCCUCGUUCCUGUGCCCUUUUGCUGGAGCAGCUACGGACAACUGCCUGAUAGAGAAAGAAUGAAAGCUCUGCCUUGCUUAUUCUAUCGAUGGGAAUAAAGCUAUCUGUGUUUCUUCUAUUAUAUGGGAAAUCUGGAUUAAUCAAGCUGUAUUCUAGUACCAAGAGUCCUAUUGUCUCUUGUGGUCUGACUCAUCACAUGUAAAUGUACUGCAGCUUUGCUAUUAAUGCAGAGUAUUUUUCCCCCUUUUCCAAACACAGAAACAAUUGUUAACCUUCAAGCUUCGUUUUCAGGAUUUGUGCUGAGCUCUAGAUCUUCAUUUUUUAAAUUUCCUGGAUAAGAUCUUCAUUGAAUUAGUGAAACUGAAGAAAUGAAGACAAAUUAGAAGUGGAAACAGAAUAGUGAGAUUUUAUUUUUUAUUUUCAGUUGAAAGCAAGCCAACUUGCUGGUUAUUAUAUGACCUUGCAGGCAAGAGUGGGUAUAGAUGUGAUCAUCUCUGUCAUAGAAGUAGUUUCUUAUUUCAUUCUUUAUUGUGUGGUGUUUGGUCACCAAAAACAAUGAUUGUUUUGUAUAAGUAAAUUUCAGAGAGCAAUAUUACCAUUUUAGUAGGUGGAAAUACAUUAAAAUGAGUGUGUACUGGACUCAGUUUUAAUGAUUGACAUGUUGAUUGAAAGUUUUUUUUAAGUAUUAUAGUAACUAACAGAAAAUAGAAUUUUAUUUUUUAAUUAGUUUCAAGUUAUAUAUUAUAAUUUUAAAUUUCAGUUUCUGUGAUGGUACUUAGUAACUUUAUAAAACCAGCUGCGCUGUUCAGAGAAUGUUUGUAAGUGUUGUUCAGAAGAGGAGGAAAAACUACUUGUGCUCUUCCAACUGUGGCUUUUAUCACAAAACUUGGAAUUUAAUGUUUUAAAAUUAAAGAGCGAAUGAGUCGAGUGUGUAUUGUUGUUUUGGAGGAGGUAGAAGAUGAGUCUCCUGAAUUCAUUUCUAAAUUGCCACAGGAAAAUAAAUCCCUACAUUCUCCACCUUCGGGAAAUGUAUUGCCAUCACUGGUGCAAGCUAUUUUUAAUGGAGAUCCUGAUGAAGUUCGAGCACUAAUAUUUAAGAAAGAAGAUGUUAACUUUCAGGACAAUGAAAAGAGAACCCCAUUACAUGCUGCUGCCUAUCUUGGGGAUGCAGAAAUCAUUGAAUUGCUUAUUCUAUCUGGAGCUAGAGUUAAUGCCAAAGACAGCAAAUGGUUGACACCUUUACACAGAGCAGUUGCAUCUUGUAGUGAGGAAGCAGUUCAAGUACUUUUGAAGCAUUCUGCAGAUGUUAAUGCUCGAGACAAAAAUUGGCAAACCCCUUUACACAUUGCUGCUGCUAAUAAAGCUGUAAAGUGUGCUGAAGCUUUGGUACCUCUUCUGAGUAAUGUAAAUGUAUCUGAUCGAGCAGGAAGAACUGCAUUACAUCAUGCAGCUUUCAGUGGACAUGGUGAGAUGGUCAAGCUACUCUUGUCCAGAGGUGCCAAUAUUAAUGCUUUUGACAAGAAAGAUAGGCGUGCUAUCCAUUGGGCAGCAUAUAUGGGUCAUAUUGAAGUAGUGAAAUUACUUGUGGCACAUGGAGCUGAAGUUACAUGCAAAGAUAAGAAGUCUUAUACACCUCUUCAUGCAGCAGCUUCUAGUGGAAUGAUCAGCGUAGUCAAGUACCUUCUAGACCUUGGAGUUGAUGAAGGAAUACUGCUGUAUCCGAAUAUACUUAUUCCUAAAUUGAGACAACUAAGAGUACCUGUAGAUUUCACAGUUUCUGUUACCAGUCAUCUCAAAAAAGAAAAUAUUAAAAUUGUGACAAACUGGUGGCCGACUACAUGGUUGUCUCUAUACAAGUCUGCCCUCACUUUUGACCAGCUACAAGUGGUGAGGGGUCUUCUAGAAACAUUGAUGUUUAAGAUGAAUGAACCAAAUGCCUAUGGAAAUACGCCUCUUCAUGUGGCCUGCUAUAAUGGACAGGAUGUUGUCGUGAAUGAACUUAUAGACUGUGGUGCUAAUGUAAAUCAAAAGAAUGAAAAGGGAUUUACUCCUUUGCACUUUGCUGCUGCAUCAACACAUGGAGCAUUGUGCUUAGAACUUUUAGUUGGCAAUGGGGCUGAUGUCAAUAUGAAGAGUAAGGAUGGGAAAACCCCUCUGCACAUGACUGCCCUCCACGGUAGAUUCUCCAGAUCACAAACCAUUAUCCAGAGUGGAGCCGUAAUUGACUGUGAAGAUAAGAAUGGAAACACCCCUUUGCACAUAGCAGCACGAUAUGGCCAUGAGCUGCUGAUCAACACUCUUAUUACAAGUGGUGCUGACACUGCAAAGCGUGGCAUACAUGGGAUGUUCCCCCUUCACUUGGCAGCCUUAAGUGGUUUUUCAGAUUGCUGCAGGAAACUUCUUUCUUCAGGAUUUGAUAUAGAUACCCCGGAUGAUUUUGGCAGGACCUGUCUACAUGCAGCUGCAGCUGGAGGGAAUUUGGAGUGCCUAAACCUCCUGCUGAAUACUGGUGCAGAUUUCAACAAAAAGGACAAAUUUGGGAGAUCUCCACUGCACUAUGCUGCUGCCAACUGCAAUUACCAGUGCCUGUUUGCUCUUGUGGGAUCAGGAGCAAGUGUGAAUGACCUUGAUGAAAGAGGCUGCACACCCCUGCAUUAUGCAGCUACAUCAGACACAGAUGGCAAGUGCCUGGAAUACUUAUUAAGAAAUGAUGCAAAUCCAGGGAUCCGGGACAAACAAGGAUACAAUGCAGUUCAUUAUUCAGCUGCUUAUGGUCACCGUCUGUGUCUUCAACUGAUUGCGAGUGAAACUCCUUUAGAUGUUUUAAUGGAAACCUCUGGGACAGACAUGCUGAGUGAUUCUGAUAACAGAGCAACAAUAAGCCCUUUACACUUGGCUGCCUAUCAUGGUCACCAUCAAGCACUGGAAGUGUUGGUACAGUCUUUGUUAGAUCUUGAUGUGAGAAAUAAUAGUGGAAGAACUCCCUUAGAUCUUGCAGCAUUUAAGGGCCAUGUUGAAUGUGUGGAUGUACUCAUUAAUCAGGGAGCCUCAAUCUUAGUGAAAGAUUACAUUUUGAAGCGAACACCUAUACACGCAGCAGCAACAAAUGGUCAUUCAGAAUGCUUACGAUUGUUAAUAGGAAAUGCAGAACCACAGAAUGCAGUAGAUAUUCAAGAUGGAAAUGGACAGACACCUCUCAUGCUGUCUGUGCUCAAUGGGCAUACAGACUGUGUGUACUCACUACUGAACAAAGGAGCAAAUGUAGAUGCCAAAGAUAAAUGGGGAAGGACAGCAUUGCAUAGAGGGGCAGUUACAGGCCAUGAAGAAUGUGUAGAUGCAUUACUUCAACAUGGUGCUAAGUGUUUACUACGGGAUAGCAGGGGUCGGACACCUAUACACUUGUCAGCUGCCUGUGGACACAUUGGUGUUCUUGGAGCCCUAUUGCAGUCAGCAGCAUCUAUGGAUGCAAACCCAGCCAUAGCAGACAAUCAUGGAUAUACUGCACUUCACUGGGCUUGCUACAAUGGCCAUGAGACGUGCGUAGAACUUCUUUUAGAACAGGAAGUUUUCCAGAAAAUGGAAGGAAAUGCUUUCAGUCCUUUGCAUUGUGCUGUGAUUAAUGACAACGAAGGUGCUGCUGAGAUGUUAAUUGAUACAUUAGGUGCCAGCAUUGUGAACACCACAGAUUCAAAAGGAAGAACUCCUCUGCAUGCAGCUGCCUUCACAGACCAUGUAGAGUGUUUACAGCUGCUACUCAGCCAUAAUGCUCAAGUCAAUUCUGUGGACUCUUCUGGGAAAACCCCUCUCAUGAUGGCUGCAGAAAAUGGACAAACAAAUACAGUUGAGAUGCUGGUCAGCAGUGCUAGUGCAGAUCUGACCUUACAAGAUAACAGUAAAAACACCGCCCUACAUUUGGCUUGCGGCAAGGGUCAUGAAACUAGUGCCUUGUUAAUACUGGAAAAGAUAACAGACAGAAACCUCAUCAAUGCAACCAACGCAGCCUUGCAAACACCUCUGCAUGUUGCUGCCCGAAAUGGGCUAACAAUGGUGGUUCAAGAACUUUUGGGGAAAGGAGCAAGUGUCCUUGCAGUAGACGAAAAUGGCUAUACCCCAGCUUUGGCCUGUGCUCCCAAUAAGGAUGUGGCUGAUUGCCUGGCACUCAUUUUGGCCACCAUGAUGCCUGUCUCAUCAAGUAGCCCUUUGUCAUCCCUGACGUUCAAUGCCAUUAACCGUUAUACCAACACCUCAAAAACAGUGAGCUUUGAAACCUUGCCUAUCAUGAGGAAUGAACCUAGCUCCUACUGCAGUUUCAACAAUAUUGGUGGGGAACAGGAGUACUUAUACACCGACGUCGAUGAGCUCAAUGACUCUGAUUCUGAGACCUACUGAGAGGCUAAGCAAAAGAUCUAAGGAAGGAGUUCUGACACUAAAGCUGCAAACUGUGCUUUUUCAAGAAAAGAGCACUUUGUUAUUCAAAUUCAAUCUAAGAGGAAAAGAGCGCACAAUGAGCAAAUGUAAGAAAUGUGAUGACAUUAAGAAGAAGAAUUUGAAAGGCAAGUUUUGCAAAAGGAACUUCUAGAUUCUUGAAAUAGACUUGACCAGAGGAAAACACAUUGAUGUCAGAUUGCUUUGUGGAAUUUUUAAUUUGGCUUUGCAGUGCCAGAAAUAAUUUGGGACACUGUGCACCCUAACCUGCUUACACAAGCAACACAGUUGUAAAAGAAAAGGACACUAGAUUUAAAUUUUAUCAAUAAAAGUACAACUAAAUUUAAAGGCAAUAAAAGUUUGGUACAGUAGGCAUUAUGUGCACAGCAAAUUGCCAAAGGACCAAAUAACUUAAAGAUUUUUUUAAUAGAAUGCCAUUUUGUGGAAACUGGAGUGGGUGAAGUGAGAUGUUACCUAAACCAAACUUCAAUAUUUCUGAAAAUGAAGUCAAGAUUUGGUUUUAAAUGUUGAUUUUUUUAAAAGAAAACAUCUGAAAGCCUUCCAAUACUGUAUUAAACCAUGAAAGAAAGCAGAUGUAUUUUUGCAUUUUUUUCUUUUGCAUAAAAAUUUUAAAAUUCCAAUUUUUAUAAUCUUAGAAUUGAAAACCAGCUGACUGGGUGCAGUACGGGUGAAAAUACUUGUGAAAUAGACGUGAGGUGAAUUGGGGUUGAGACUGUUGGCCAGAUUUGAAUGGUGUGGGUUCAAAAUGGAACUAUUUUUGUUUAAAAAGGUAAAGUGUUUCCUAGAAUAAAAAGUUCAUGGAAUCAAAAGGUAGAUUAUUUCACCCUAUUGCAACUAAGUGGUCCUGGGGAAUGAAAUUUCAACCUCACUACUUUGGAUAAUACUAAUUCAUCACUGAUCUUACGUUUGUACCUCCAUAAUGGGUUCGAGGAUUUUUGUUAUCAUUUAUUUGAUCUUUGAGCUUUGAAACAAAGUGCAGAAUCAAAGGACAUAUUCCCUCGUUAUUCAUAAAUUAAACAUCAAGUCUCUUGGAAGGCAUUUCUGUAUUAGGCAAGAUUCAGAUUUAGAGUAGCAUGUUUGUAACUUGUUACUCUUUGGAGGGAGAAGCACUUGCCUGCUAAAUUGAAGACUACCUUUCAAGUAACAAAAAGAGGAAAGGCUGAUAUUUGGGCUUUUAAAUAACACUUUAUGCGGUUCUGAUUUUACUGUUAACUGUCACUUUCCUGGUAAAAAUGAUUUCACAUAUGUAGGGGUCUUAGAGGUCUGGGUAAAGUUCCAUAAAUUGCAACAAAAUGAUACCCAAUUUUACUUUAUCCUUUUGUAUUGUGAAACUGGAAACUUUAUGACAUUGUAAAUUAUCAGCUGGUUUUCUGAAUAUAAAGUGUGAAAACACAGAACAGUAUUUUGAUCUAUUUGAUAAUUUUGUGGGUUUUUUGAAGAAUUAAUGAGCAUGUACAUAGAAAUAGUGACUGCUUGAAUACUGUAUUUACUUGCACUCUUUCAGUACAUCAAGAUUCCUGUAUAUUUUAGAGUAUAAUAAAACACAGAUGUGAGUUGUAUUUAAUGAA